AUGCAUCUGCGCGCCGGCGCGGGGUCCACAAAGGUAAGUGGAGACAUCCCAUUAUGCCAUAUAAGGCUCGAUACUUCAAGUCGAAAUUUUUCACCACACUCCUUUCCUCCAUCAACUCCAACAACCAUCCUUCGCAAGCGCGAAAAGAUCAGUGCUUCGGCAGUCAAAAUGGGCUGCUUUCGCAUGGACAGCUUCGAGAGCAUUUUACUCGGUAAGUUUUUUGCAGCCUCAGUCGCGCCCAUUGUCCACUUUCAUGAUGUAUAUCUUACACACCGUUCCCGCGAUCUCCUGAGCGCAAGAACAAACAUGCAUCACCAUCUGAUCCCACGCCACUAUGGACCUUCAGCACAUUCUCUAGAGACCAGAAAAGAGAGCAACACUAACUGUGGUUCAAGGUUAAUAAACCAGGUGAAUAUCUCAUCGUCAGAACUUCCUGUCUACACUUUCUUUGGGUAUGUCAACUUCGCUUUUUUUCCGUCCUUCUUUUUGCAGCACCUGCACAUCGUCGACUAUGAUGAACAACCAUAUCAUUCAGUUCUGCUACUGAACUCUGUGAUGAUAACCCAUAUACCAAAAACUUUUCCCACAGCAGGCAAUCAAUCUUGGUUGUUCAGCGUAAGAGCUGUCGCCACCAACAUAGUGGGCAAGCGCGCAAGCACAGCUUAUCCAUUCAACUAUGUCAUGCCAGCCGAGUCAUCCUCCCGCACUGGAGUUCCUCUCCGGAGGGACGAGGAAGGUGGUGGAGUUGGCUCCCUCGGGAGUCGUCAUUUGACUUCAGUGCUGAGCUUCUCGGUUCCUCGUUCUGAGGUUCAGGGUUUGCGAGGCCGGCUAGGCUGA